AUGUUUGAUAGCAGGCUUGAAGUUUAUACUGGCGUGGGACCUUACAGGCUAGGAUUUUCCCCGACUUUGUUUGGACUUGGAAUUCUAAGAAAGAAGUUUUGGGAGGAAGGCUCUUUUGCAAUGGAAAAUGAAGAAGAAUUGAGGAAGGCUCAGACCAUAGAGGCCCGGGCAAGGAACAUUAGUCAUAAUGUCCGGUGCACUGAAUGUGGGAGCCAGUCCAUUGAAGAUUCACAGGCAGAUAUUGCCAUUCUUCUCAGAAAGUUGAUUCGAGAUGAGAUUCGAUCUGGUAAAACUGAUAAGGAGAUUUAUAAAAAGCUAGAGGAUGACUUUGGGGAGACAGUACUGUAUGCCCCAAAAUUUGAUCUGCAAACUGCUGCUAUAUGGUUAUCACCGUUCCUUGUUGCUGGGGCAGCUGCUGGUGUAUGGGCUUACCAGAGGCACAGGCAGAAGACUAAUGUGCACAUCAUGGCACUGAACCUUGUGAGAGGUGUUCCUUUAACCCCCAAGGAGAAGCAGACCAUGCUCGACCUCCUUACACCACCACCACCUCCAAAGAGAAGGUGGUGGGGUUGAUGAAAUGCAUUUUUGCAUGCGUAUAUUUACUUUAAAAACUUCAGAUAACCCAUAUAUUCCUUCAAGCAGUGUUUUGUAUUGUAACUGAACUAGCUACUAGCUACUAUUAUCUACUGGUAUAGUGGGUAACACCCACAACCUGAUUGAUGCCAAAUGAAUUUUAACACACUGAACAAGGUCAUGGAGAAUGGAUGGAGAGUGUUGUACUUUGAAUUGAUCUUUUCCUGUGGA